GCCCUUCCUGACUGACACUAACCUUGCCAGUACUUUGGUCUCCUCGGAGGCGCAGGUGGUCGCCGAGGUGGAUUCUAUCGAGGACAUCUACGUCUCCAACUUGUUUAUCGACAAGGAGAAGCAGAAGAAUCUACCGGUCCAGGUUUUGAACACCGUUGCUGAUAAGCACGCUGUUGUGACAUUCUUCGACGACGGUGCGACCGUCGGUGUGGAGGACAGUGUACGCCUGAACGUGCUCGGCUGGGAUCCAGAGCGUCGGAGCUCUGCUAUGGAGUCCAUCCGAGAGUUGCAAGAUGUGGAGCCCCCACCAGAGGAGGAAGCCUGGCAGGCAGACGACCAGAAGGGUGAUGACCAGAAUGAAAGCUGGAAUGACGAUAAAAAGCGCAAGUGGGAGGAUGAGGGUGACCAGAGCUGGGACAACAAGAAGCAAAAGGAUGAUUGGUCCAGUGACAAAGGAUCCUGGGGUCAAGACAAAAAGAACGACUGGAAUGACAAGAAUUGGGACAAGGGAAACUCAGGUGGUGGAUGGGAAAAGGAGAACAAGAACGACUGGGACAACAAGGGCAGUGCCUCUUCCUGGGACAACG